AUGUCUUUAGGAAGACAUUCAGAUUCUUUUGUGAGGAAAGUCAGUGGAAACAAAGCCUCCCUGAGCCAUGGAGUUGCUGGUGCCCCGGGUUUAUCUAAUUCUGCUACUGUUGUGCCUGUCGUUUCUGACAACGAGAGUGCCAUUACAUUUGACGAUGCUGAUGCUGAGUCACUCAAACCUUAUUUAAGGAAGGCUAGUCAUCAUGAUUCAAAGAGUGUCAGUGAAAAAGCACAUUCUUUAAUGAGGUCUAAGAAUGGGAAGCGCAUUGGAAGUAUUCUAUUGAGGCAGAAGAGUCGAGGAAGUCGCACCAGUGGGAGUUUAGGAAGGUCCAGAUCUGGCUCCAAUGGUGUCGCAAUGUUUACUACGCGAUUAGCGAAGACACUUUCUAAAGCAUCUUCGGUGUUAGUGUCGGAUGACGCUGAAGAUAAAGCUGGUAAGGCUGGUAAGGCUCAUUUAGACGAUGGUGACAGUAGUAUCAAUAGUAGCAGCAGCAGCAGCAGCAGCAGCAGUGGAAGCAGUCGGAGUAGUAGUGUGACAUCACACGGAUCUCGAGACUCACAGGAGACUGAGGAAGAUGUGUGUUUCCCAAUGGUUCCUAAGCAUGUCAAGAUUGGUGACGUAGAUGUGGACGAGCUUGAAGAGUUUAUACAGGAGCAGCGACUUGAGAAUGGGGAAAUUUUGCGUCGUGAGCAGGAGAUACGCAGCCGAGCGGCUGCCGGCCUUGCUGUUGCCUCCAUAGAUGGUGUGAUUACUACGGGAUCUCAGAACUUCAGUACAGCUGCGCUUAAAUAUACACCCAACAUUAUCCCAUCGAGUAAUGAGAUCUCUGAUUCUACACCAGAAAGUUCUGGAAUCCUUCCCAAAGAUUCAACAACAUCUGCAUUUGAGGCUGAUAUUGCUCAUUUGUCUACUUCCUCCGCAACCUCAUCUAUACAGAAGGAGUCUAAUGAGCAGGAAACCUUUUUUUGUCAGGAGGAUGACAACACGCCUCCUCCUACUCGAUUCAGCUUUUUCAAUUCCGAACGCAAGGCGACUAUACAUGCUCCAGACAUUCCCAGUCUUUUGAAACCCGGACAGCAUGUGUUAGAUCUGUUUGAGCCUGAAAAUUCUGUGUGGUGGUUGGAUUGUACAUGUCCUACUGAUGAAGAAAUGAAAGUUAUUGCCAAGGCAUUUGGCAUACAUCCCUUGACAGCAGAAGAUAUACGAACACAAGAGGCCCGGGAAAAGGUAGAAUUAUUCAAAAGCUACUAUUUCAUAUGUUUUCAUACGUUUGAAGAUGACGCUGAAAGUGAGGAUUUCCUAGAAAGAAUCAACGUUUACAUGGUUGUUUUUCGCCAGGGUAUGCUAACGUUCCAUUUUGCUCCUAUCUGCAAUCCUGCCAGUGUUAGACGAAGAGUGAGACAGUUGCAGGACUACUUUGUUAUAUCUUCCGACUGGCUCUGCUACGCUAUGAUUGAUGAUAUCACCGAUGGCUUUGCUCCUGUUAUUUCCACCUUUGGAUACGAGUCUGAGGUUAUUGAAGAUUCUGUUUUUCUUUUAGGUGAGAAGGGUUUUCGUGGAAUGCUUUUUCGGAUUGGUGAAUCCAGAAGAAAGGUUAUGACGUUGAUGCGUUUGCUUCAAGGAAAAGCCGAUGUGAUCAAGAUGUUUGUCAAGCGGUGUCAAAGUGAUACCGUUCUCCCCAGUGUUACAGCAACACAGCCCGUAAAGCCACGUUCAGACAUUGCGUUAUAUCUUGGUGAUAUUCAGGAUCAUCUCAUCACGAUGUUUCAGUCACUUCUUUCCUACGAAAAGGUUCUAAGUCGAGCUCACAUGAAUUAUUUAGCACAGCUUCAAGUAGAAUCAUUCUACUUCAAUAAUGAAGUGAUGAAUAUGCUAUCUAAGGUGACAUUUUUGGGAACCAUUUUGGUCCCUAUGAACUUAAUCACCGGUCUUUUUGGUAUGAACGUUCUUGUUCCAGGCAAAGAUGGUUCCAAUUAUGGUUGGUUUGGCGGUAUUUUAGGUUUCAUCAUUUUCAUUUGUGUGAUUUGUACUUUAGGAGGAAACUGGUACUUGAAGAGGCUUACAAAAAAUGCAGAGCAAUCUCCUUCAGAAUCCAUGAGGAGCUUUAAAAUAGGUAGGCACAGACAUAACGAGAUACCUGAAGAGCGUCGUACGGUUACUUCGCUUCCAAGUAAAUUCAGUCGAUAUGGAGACUGGCACUAA